AUGGAGGACGUACUAAAGGCCGUCUCCGCCGAUGGCUCAUCGAUUAUGCCCCAGCUGGCUCCCAACCUGAGCAGGCACCUGCUCUUCCCUCUCAUCCAGUUUGAGGGUGACCAGGCUGAGGAGAAGGGCGAGGAGGAAAAGGCCAAGAAGAUUCUGAGUGGAAAGAUCAAGCUCCUCGAGGACACCAAUAUGACCGAUUAUGUUGCAACCCUGUACUGCGAAUUCCACGGCACUGAGGAGCCCCCUCAAGAGUACACCAAGAAGCGACAGGAGGUGCUGGCAGACCUGGAGAAGCACGAGCAGGCUACAGAGAAGAUUGCCGACCUUCUGACGCAGGACGAGGUUGUCAACGGCCUUAGGAGCGACAAGGUUGCCAACUUGGAGUUCCUGAAGAAGGAGCACGGUGUUACCAUGGAGAUGGUCAACGCCCUGUUCGACUUCGGCCAGUUCCAGUUCCGAUGCGGCCAGUACGGAAGCGCCGCCGACAUGCUCUACCAGUUCCGUGUUCUGUCCACGGACAACGACAAGGUUUCCGCUGCCACCUGGGGCAAGCUUGGGUCCGAGAUUCUGUCCGGGAACUGGGAGUCGGCCAUUGACGAACUUAAGAACGUCCGUGAAGGGAUCGACUCCAAGCUGUUCAACAACCCUCGCGCCCAGCUCGACCACCGCACCAUGCUCAUCCACUGGUCCCUCUUCCCCCUCUUCAACUUCGAAGGUGCCCGCGAGCCCAUUCUCGAGAUGUUCUUCUCCGCCCCCUACAUCAACACCAUCCAGACUUCUUGCCCGUGGAUCCUCCGUUACCUGAUCGCCGCUGUGAUUACUGGUCGCAGCCGCGCCCGUAACUCCUCCACCCAGCAGAAGCAACUGAAGGACGUCGUGCGGUACGUCCGCCAGGAGGCCUACGAGUACCAGGACCCCAUCACCCAGUUCGUCAACGCCCUCUACAUCGCCCACGACUUCAACGCCGCCCGCGAGGCCCUCGGCAAGGCCGAGCAGGUCUGCCGUAGCGACUUCUUCCUCGCCAGUUCGGCUGAUGCCUUCGUCGAAGCCGCCCGCCACCUCAUCUGCGAGAGCUACUGCAAGAUCUUCAGCCGGAUGAACAUCCGCGACCUGAGCGCCAAGCUCGGCCUCAACCCCGACGAUGGCGAGAGGUGGAUCGUCAACCUCAUCCGCGAGACGAGGUUGGACGCCAAGAUUGACAGCCAGGACGGCACCGUCGUCAUGAACCACCCCCCCAACAACGUAUAUCAACAGGUCAUCGAGAAGACUAAGGGUGGAUUUUUCAGAACCCAGGUCCUCAACGCCGCUGUGUCAAAGUCAUAG